GUUUUUUUCGCGCGCCUUGUGGCGGCUCUUUGACUCGUUGUUUCGCCAUGUUCUGGAGGUCAGCCCAGGCGCAGCAAGCGCCAUCGAUGAUGCCCCCGUUGUCCUUAGAAAGUUUUUUGGCCGAUCCAACUCCAGUUCCUUCCCCACAAGGCGCUGUUCCCUUCACCACUGGCAAUGUGGAGAUGUGGCCCCCGCCCAACUGUGAGGACGUCUUGCCACCGGUGGGUGGGCAACUCAGCGUGCCUCGCCAUGAUAUGGCCAUGCCGUGCUGGGCCAUGCCGGCCAUGCCAGCGGACAUGCCACCUAUGGGGAUGCCGGCCAUGCCAGCGGGCAUGCCACCUACGGGGAUGCCGGCCAUGCCAGCGGGCAUGCCACCUACGGGGAUGCCGGCCAUGCCGGCUAUGCCACUCUCUGGUGGUGUGGAGCACUUCGCAGUGGCCAGCUGGGAGCCCUGA